AUGGCGCCAAGCUAUGGCGCUCUCGAGCCCGGAGGCUUGUUCUCUGAGAAUGGCGCAUCCAAGGUGCCCAGUCAACGCCGAGCCUGCUGGCUUGAGGCUUCUUUUAGUUUGUGGCGCACCUUAGUGUCCAACCAAUUUAUCAUGUCAUUUCCGAACGUCGGUCUAGCUGUCGACUUUGGUCCUAGUGUGCUGUUGGCGGCUUUCAGCGGCAUAUGGCAUCGAAUGAUCGAGCAGGCCUAG